AUGUCAUUGGAUGAGUCUUACUUACAAGCCAUCAUCUGUCAGAUGAGGACAAUUUCAGAAGUUAUUAAAUUAAUCCAAGUAUCUAAACGAUGGAAAAAACAAUGUUUUCUAGUUGAAGAUGUAACUCCUUUCUGUGAGUCUAAACAAUCUGAUGAAUUCUCUGAGGAAGAGUGGGAAGGAGAAGUUAUAUGUAGAAAAGAUAUUUCAUUAAAAAGAGUUGUUCAGUUGUUUAAGAGAUGCAAAAGAGUUGCUGUUAACGCAGAAGAUAUAGAACAAUUUGAUUGGGAAGGAAAUUGUUUAAAUAGGUAUGAUGAACAACUCGAGUCAGUUUCUGAAAUUAUUCUUCAUGGUAUUCUUACUUCUGAUGAUUUAAUUGAAGAAAUAGGUGAAAAAAUAGUUGAAAUUAAUGUGACUAUUUGUUAUUAUGAUGACAUUAAUUUCAGUAGAUUUCCAAAUUUAAGAAAAUGUCAUAUAGAUCUGAAUAAUGAACCAUUAAAAGUUGAUCAAUUAUUCCCAAAUGCACUUCAACCAUUAAGUUUAUUAAGAAUUAAUCACUGUAAAGAUUAUAAAAAGUUAUAUGGAUUAAUUCGAUUUAAAAAUUUUGAGAGGGUUAUUAUUGAAGUUGAUGAAACUAUUACAGAGGAAGAAAUUAAAACUCUAGACCAAUUCGCCAUUCUUGUAACAAGACGAUUUUUUGAUGGAAUGGAUUCUAGAAUAUUAGCUUUAGAUUGUGAUUAUUGCAAUGAUUGGGGUAAUGAAGAAGGUAAUGAAGUUUUUAUCUUUAGAGCCCCAAGAGAAACCAACACCUCUAGUGUCAUCGUUUCAUCUAAUCAUAAGUAA